AAUACUUUGUUUGCCUGAGGUUCUUUCUAAACGUUGUCCUGUUUGACUGCAUAUUUGGUGGGUACUUUGACCUCUACAAAUUGCGGGGCAAACAAUGGAUCUGCCAUUGGACUGAAAGGUUUCUGCUGACAAACUUGACAGAGAGAAAAAGGAGUCCUGUGGUUAGAUUCAACAUAACUUGAUCGAUACCUGGAAUGACCCUCGACUGAGGGUCAAGGUGAAAGAAAUAUGAGCAGAUAGAAUAGAAUAGAAUAGAAUAGAAUAGAAAGCAGUAGAUUUUACUCCUUCCCAUUUCAACAAUCCACAUGUUGUUUGCUCUGGUGAUCGCACGCAGCUUGGAGCAACUGUUCGUGUCACCAAAUCGAUGUACAGAGUAGAAAAACACAAGAUAUUAAUUAUAUGGAAAGCACAGGACGAAACGACUAAUGUAUGAAAUUCACCACGUUCCUCUUAUAUAAAUAAAUAACACUUGGAGUAAAAGAAAGAAAGAACAAACUAACCAAUUAUGCAUUACAUGCCUUUUUAAAGAACGAAUCCUAAAAUCACUUUUUAAUUCAGUUACAUCAGAGUUCGCAAGACAGACAACUAUGCAUUUACUGCGCCGGAGCGGUAUUUAUCCAUUUACUCUCUGCUCCAUCCAUUCUCCAGGCCGAUCUUUCAGGACAAUUUUGAUAUUACAGUUUCUCUUCGUGCCAAGUGAUUUGUCUUUUCUUUCAAGAAAAUGCGUUCAUUCUUUAAGAGCGGCCGCUAUGGCAGGAGCCAAGUUAUUCUUUUCUGACUCAGCAAUUUUUGAUUCGUUACAUAUGUAACCUUAACCAAAUUACAGCAUAAUAUGAUUAGGAAUAGCCUGAAUAAAUGUACAUUAUAUUUGUAUCACAUUACAUUUUUAAUGGAAAGACUACAUCCUACGUAUUAGUAAGGAAGUUAUAGAUUUUCAAAAGGAAAAAAAACAAAAAACUAAACCAGACUGAUAAAGGCCUAAAUUUCCUUCCAGACUCAAAUUAUUAAUAAUAUUAUUUUUAAAAUAGCAACGUCUCGUAGCAUAUAUGAAAUACGUAUUUAAUAAGCUUGUCGUGUCAUCUGCUAAAAAUAUUUUACAUUAGUACAUGGAAUUUAAACAAUGAAACAUUUCGUCAUGCUUCUCAAAAUUCAUUCGUUUGAACAAUUAAUAACAUCAUAUAUAUUAUUAAAUAAAUCAUAGAUAAUUCCAGUUAAAUAACCAGUAAAAAAAAAUCCAAUAAUACCUUCUUCCCACCAAAUUAAAUGUAUUCAUAUCAGUUAUAUUUAUAGCUUUGGAAAAUAUGUAGAAUUUUUUACAAAGUAGUUCUGAAGCAUUCUGUGCAGCCUGCUGUCCUCCUCUUCUCACCAGAGCAAAAAAAAAAAAAAAAAAAAAAAAAAAAAAGGGACAUGUUCAAAUAGCUGCUCGCUCUUAUUGUACGGCCUCAAGCUGCAGGAAGUUAGAACAGCAUUAAAAUUCCACCAGAGCUGUCCCGUGCUCUGGUGUCAAUGACAGACGUAGAGAAGAGAAAUCAGAAAUUAUAAAAACAAUACAAGCUGCACCUUUACAGAGUCGAUGUCUUCUAUAUCUACCCUGUAGAUCCGGAUUUGUGUCCAAAUGUCUAACAGCAUCACAAAUUCGCUUCUAGGGGAGUAUAUAGUGGAUUUACACACGACGGAUUCACCAUUGCUACCUGGACGACCUGCAAGCUGCUGCUUCCUGUUCGAAUAUGCUUGCAAAAUCAAAGUGAAACUAAAAAUCAUUAGGCCUCUUUCCAUUGUUAGCUUUGACAAUAGAGUAAGAACAUUUUUGGGCUAAAUAUACUUUGCUUUUGACGGAGAAUUUGGAAUAAUUUGGAAUUUUAGAUAACUAAAAUAUACAGCAGCUGAUUUGGUUCUGUUUACUUAAUGUUUAAAAGUAUGACGAAGGGAUAAUUUGCUAUUCUGUCAUUUAUUUAUUUAUUUAUUUAUUUAUUUAUUUUAGGCACCAGCAACCCUCCCGACCCCAUUAGGGACUAGGGUGAACAGAAAAUGGAUGGAUAUUUAUUUAUUUAUUAUUAUUUAUAUUUUAGAAGCAAAUGAUUUUAUAUGGGCUAACGGUGUUUAUGUGUGUCCACUCAGCGUCCUCACUUUUAAUCGGCAGUAUGUUGUGUACGCAUAUUUUACUUUAAUAAAUAGCCAUUGUGAUUAAACAUGAGCUAUGCUUAAUUUCUAUUUAUUGUGUGUGUUUGGUGGGAUGUUGUACUUGGCUGAUAUGGGAGGCUGUUGACACCGGAGGGGAGAAAACUAAACCUUGACGGUCUCUGGAUUGUAUAAAGCUCAGAAAAACACGUGGAGGUUUGGAGUCAUUGGAGCUAAUUCCAAUAUUUUUCAUGCAAGGUAUAUAUAUAUAAAACUGACUGAAUCAGUAAGUGAGGUUUGGCUGAUUGUUGGCUGGGUGCCUGGUGGAACCGCGUUUUAAAAGAAUGACACCGAUGCUGAACUCUCGUUCCUCAUGCAAAGGUUUUCUGGUGAUUUAGGAGGCCGCUGAACCUGAAUUACUUGAUGAAUUUUCUAUCGAUCCUAAACACGCCAGAUUAAUCUCUGACGCUGCUACUGGGUGGCGGUGCAGGAGCCGGCCAGGCCACUCUCCCACUCCCCGGUAUUAGCGGAGUAUGAGAAGAAGAAGGGGGAAGAAAGUUGGCAAACAGCCUCUGCACACACCCUGUAUGUACACAGAGGGAGGUGCAGGCGCCAUUAACUCCCCAGAGUCGUUUCUUCCGCUACUUGUUUUAUUGUAUUUUAUUUUCUGCUUGAAUUGGUUAGUUAGGCACUUAAAAGAAGAAAAAGCGACUGAAGAUCACUGUGAGGAAUAAGAUGUCGCUCUUUUUUAAUCGUUGUAAGAACAUCGGCGUUUUUUGUUUGUUUGUUUGUUUGUUUUUGUUUGGGCUUUUGGUCUGAGAUUCUUCCUCUUUCACAAGCUCCGGGUCUGGUAAUAUGAGCAGACCGGUUCGCGGAGCCAGCAGAGGAAAUGAUUGAGGCUUAAAGGGAGAGCGUCUAAUCAAAAACUGAGGUCAUAUGAUCUUGCGCGUGCGAGAGCGGAGUGUAUGUUUAAUUCCAUUUCCUUAUCCGGGGGUCCGUCCAAGAGGCGUGCAAUUGGCUGCUUUCCGUCACGUGGAAUCCCAACUUUGUUCACUUGACAGAAAAGAAGGAGGGUUUAAGUGAACAGGAAUAACCGAAGACUAAAGGGAUGACAUAUAAAUUUUAGUUAUAUUUCAUUUCAAGCCGGUGCAAUUUCAGAAAAAGACUGAAAUUAAUGGCCAUGAGCUCCUAUUUGAUCAACUCCAACUAUGUGGAUCCGAAGUUCCCACCCUGCGAGGAAUACUCACAAAGCGACUAUUUGCCCAGUCACUCCCCGGACUAUUACGGCUCCCAGAGGCAGGACCCUGCCGCUUUCCGGCCAGACUCUGUCUACCACAAUGAGCACAACCCGGCUCAUCACCAACACCGACUCGAGCCGCCGUACACGCCGUGCCAGCGUGCACCACAACCCGCUUCAGAAGUGACGUCCCCCCAGGGUCCCACUGUUCUCCCCACCGGGCUGCACACCACCCCUGUGUCGGAGCAGAGCCACCGCUGUGACUCGGUAACACCGAGCCCGCCUCCACCUCCACCCUGCGGUCAAACGCCUCGCAGCCAAAGCGCUUCUUCCCCCGCCAGCAGCCGGAAGGACCCGGUGGUGUAUCCGUGGAUGAAGAAGGUGCAUGUAAACAUCGUAAAUUCCAGCUACUCUGGUGGAGAACCUAAACGCUCUCGGACGGCCUAUACACGCCAACAGGUUCUGGAGCUAGAGAAGGAGUUCCACUACAACCGCUAUCUGACACGCAGGCGUAGAGUGGAGAUUGCGCACACUUUGUGUCUGUCAGAGCGGCAGAUAAAGAUCUGGUUCCAGAACCGGAGGAUGAAAUGGAAGAAGGACCACAAGCUGCCCAACACGAAAGUCCGCUCCGGGACUAACAGCAUCACAAGCUCUCAGACUGUAUCCGCGUCUCAGAACCGCUCUUCCGGACCUCUAUAGCACGGCUCUUUGAGCUGUGGCCGUCCGUAUUCUCCCGUUUUCAUACUGGAGGCUGAAGAUGUGGUGAAACAAACCCUCCGGAAUGUGCACUUUGGACCAGAGUAAAAACUUAACGUUUGAAAUGAGGACCAACUCCACUCGUGGCAGACCACAGGGCCCGGACUGCUCCGUAACAAACCUGUGACUUUGUGUGUGGGGGUUUUAUGGGAGGUCUGGUUGUAAAAUCUGACUUCAAGAAUCCAAAAGGGAGGCAUGUGUUAGAAUUAAAAACACAGAGCUACACAGUUCGUCGAAUAGAUUUCCGUGAAUCCUAACAUCUCCUCUCUACUUUUUCUCCUCUUUAAAUACUUCUGCCGUCUAGACAGAGCCACCCACCUACCAUAUUUUGCUUAGAGCGGUGUGUGUGUGUGUGUGUGUGCUUUUAACACGCUUUCUUUUAGCUUUUUUUCUUUUGAGAACAUCCUAGCUUCUAUGUUUAAUCACACCAAACCUGAGAGCCAUUCUCUAUGUUUUCUGUGUGGGGUACAAAGCGAAGGGGUGAACCGCGCGGCUCUGCCCAGAACCCCGCCCUCUCAGACCACUACCCCCUCACACACUUGUAAAAAAUGGAACUGUCGUUUCUUCCAUAGCCCCCACUCCACCUCCACACACACACACACACACACACACACACACACACACACACACAUACA